CCAGGCUCAAGUCUAAGCUCCAGCACGUCAAGACCACAAACACCAUCAUUCAUAACCCCUUCCCAGCCAUACACUGGAUCUAUAUCAGUUGCAAUUAGAGCAAAACCAUCAGACACAUUCCUGAAAGAUCCUUGGUUUUUAACAAACGACUCAAUUCAACAUAAUGAAAUUGGUGAUUUCAAGUUUGAUCACGUUUUCCAUCCCUCAGUCAGUAAUUAUGAAGUUUAUGAUAAGGUUGUUAAAAAUUUAAUAAAGUCUUUAAUGGAUGGUUACAAUGCCACUGUCUUUGCUUAUGGUAUGACAGGCUCUGGUAAAACAUAUUCGAUGUCUGGUAUUAAGGGAGAACCUGGAGUGAUUCCUUUAUCAAUUAAUGAGAUUUUUAAUCAUAUUGAAAAUGCAGAUAAAGAGAUCUAUAAACAUGAACUAAAAGUGUCAUAUUUGGAAAUCUAUAAUGAGAAAAUUUAUGAUUUAUUGAAUAUAAAUCAAUUAACAAAUCCGGCCUUAAAUAAUACCCAAACAGAAUUGAAAAUAAGAGAUGUUCCAAAUUAUGGAGUCAAAGUUAUUGGACUGGUGGAAGAGAAAGUUAAUUCAGAACAUGAAUUAUUAAACAUCAUACAGAAAGGUGAUUUGAAUAGAAGAACUGGUGAAACUGAUUUUAACACUAGAAGUUCGCGUUCCCAUGCUAUUGUCCUUGUGAGAGUAUGUACAACAAAUACUGUCACUGGGAUUGAAACUUUUAGUACAUUAUCACUGUGUGAUUUAGCAGGUUCUGAAAAAGCUACUGCCCAACAUGAAAGAAGAAAAGAAGGUUCAUAUAUCAAUAAAUCACUUUUGGCAUUAGGUAGUGUCAUUGUUAAGCUAUCUUCAUCAACCACAAGUGCAGGACAUAUUCCUUAUAGAGAUUCAAAAUUGACAAGAUUAUUACAACCAGCAUUGUCCGGGGAUUCUCUUGUUUCGGUGUUGUGUACAAUUCACACUGGUCAAAAUGCAUUAGCAGAAACUGUCAAUACUGUGAGGUUUGCAGCUAGAGCUAAGAAUAUUAGUUUGACUGUACGGAAGCAUGAAAUAGAUCUCACAUCUGAAAAGGAUAGAAUGAUUGAAAAGUUAAAAUCACAAGUACAAAUACAAGCAGAGGAACUAUUGUUGUUGAAGAGCUCGAAGGGUACAUCAAUAGGUGAUGAAAAUAUUGAUAGUGGAGAUGCGUCAAAUCAAGUAUCAAAAGAAGAGGUCGCACAAUUAUCUGCUGAAAAUCGUAUUUUGGUAGAGAGAUUAGAGCAUUAUAAGAGGCUCAAUGAUGAAAGUAAUGCUGGUAGGGUUGUUUUGAAGAAUGAUAUUGUUAAUGAUAUUUUAACAAAGUUGAGUAACCAGGAUAUGGAUGCUGCAAAUGAAGAACUGAUCUUGAAAGUUGAAGAAUUAUUCAAAAAGACUUAUUCAGAGAUUGAUGAAUACAAAUCGUAUAUAAAUCAUUUGGAGCAUCAACUCAAAACUGAAGUUCAAAACCAAUCAUCUGGUAAAAGAGUUAAAGUCGGACACCAAGCAUUUUCCCCAUCUAAGCAUGCAUCAGCAAAUGAAGUUGACUUGAUACUGAAAGACCAAGAAGAUGAAAUUUUUGAACUGAAAGCUGAACUGAAAAAUAAGGAAAAGAUAAUAAAAGCUUUACAAAGUGCCAAAAGAGUUCGU